AUUCUCUCUCUCUCUCUCUCUCUCUCUCUCUCUCUGGCCGAUGCAGUAGUGCUGAGAGCUGGAUGCUGCAGCAGCUGAACAGUCCUGAUCAAGCCGCCGUGCAGCGAGCGAGCGCCCGCCCGGGACUCACACUUUCUGCUCCACAGGAUGUGAGAUCAGAUAAGCGAUCAGGAUGGUAGCAGUGGUCCGGAUCGAUGUGGAUAGACCGAAGCGAUGGAGGAGACUACGCCAGACCCAGCCUUUGUGGACGUGGAUCAGGGCCUGACUCUGGCAUGCAUCGCCUUCCUCUGCCUGCUGCUGGUGGCCAUGAUCAUCCGCUGUGCCAAAGUCAUCAUGGACCCCUACAGCGCCAUCCCCACCUCCACCUGGGAGGAGCAACACCUGGACGACUAGCAGGCACAGAUGCACUUUCUCCAGGAUGAAGGGCCAAGGAACAUCAACUGAAAGCACACCAACUAGGGACUCUCACAACUCUGAAACUACCUACAGCCUCCAAGCUGGGUCCGUGUCCAGCUGAGCCGAGGCCCAGGCCAGCCAGAACAAUCCAAUACCACACAGCCCACGCAAGUGGGCCCGAGCUGUUCCCAGAGCAGCUAUCAAUGAGAGGAAAAGCCCACAGUUCACCUCCCGCACACUUAAACAAUACCAAGUGCAAUGAGGAAGAGUGAGCUCUACUGUAUGCCUGCGUGAGUUGUCAUUUAUCUUUCGAGGGCACCUUUUGGUUUUGUACAUUUUUCUAAUAAUCAUGAUGGAUGGACUGUGCAACUAUCGAGUAUGCUGUGCACUGGACCAUCGCCUAGCUUGGAGGCAUGCUGACAAAGGCAGCCUCAUAAGAGGAACUCGGCACAGAAAUAGCGGUAAUUCAUGUCUGUUUACAAUGACGAGACAAUAGUGGCUCUGUUAGAAUGAAUGCAAUUCAGCAUAUACAAUGGAGGGUGCUUUCUAGGACUACAAACGCCAGAGCAGGACUCUUAGCUGAGCUUCAAUGACAAAGGUAAAUUCAACUUCCCUUUACUUUUAAAGGAAUAGUUUGGCAUAAAAAGUGCAGUUUUUU